GGGCAUCCUCGACGCCAACGAGCUGUUGCAGUCAUUCAACGACAAAGCAGCUUCGUUGCUCGUGUUGAUGAUGAUCGCCCAAGGCGCCAUGGUCAUUCCAAACACAGAGGCGCGGUGGCUGACAGGAGGCCUCACUGAGGCCUGUCGUAUCAGUCUCUUCGAUCUUAUUGAGAAGAACAUCAUCAUGUCCGGUGACUCCGUCGUCCUGCAUUCUGCCUUGCUCUUCACUGUCCAGGCCGCUUGGAGCGGCGACAAGUGGCAGAUGGACAUCGCCAUGGGCCAGCGCGGAAUGUACUUUUCCAUGCUGCGGCACUCGGGCAUCCUCGAGCCUCGCCAUGCGCCUACACCGCGGAUGGAUCAUGCAGGCCCGGACGGCAUCUGGGCCGACUGGAUCCAGCAUGAGAGCAGAAGUCGGCUGAUCUACUCUUGGGUCAUGGUGGACCAGGAUCUGUCUCUUUUCCAUGAUACGGCGCCGCUGUUCUCGGUAACAGAGUUCGGUGCGCCGAUGCCGGAUGCGGACUGCCUAUGGCGGGCCAAGACAGCAACCGAGUGGAGCGAGGUCUUCAACGAGGUGCACGAGUUCUCUGGCGGAUUCUCUUCCGUGGGAUCCGGGGCUAGGCCGCUGUCGCUACGCGACCUGUUCCGGCACUUCCUUGACGAUGAGAUUGUAACACAAGGCAUCGAGCUGACGCCGUUACACCUGCGGCUGCUGCUGCACCCUUUGCAAUCGCUUGUGUGCCAAUACUGUCAGCUGCUGAGCUGCUUCUCCGACAGCUCGUCGUCGCGUCAGCGGACGCGCGCUGUCACGGCUGCGUCGACGCGUGUACGUCUCGAGGAGGUGCAGAGCCUGUUGCAGCGCUGGUACGACCUUGCGGACCGCUACUGCAAGAGCAACGCCAUGUGCCCAAUGAUGCAGGCCAACCUGGUCAUGUUCCAUCUCGUUAGUCUCAACGCCGUGACCAACUUUCCAGAGACGGAGCGGCUUGCGCGUCGCGAAGGCUUCGACGGCAGCUACCAACAGCUGAUGUGGCUGCACAAGCGGUGCAUCUCUGACGUUGAAGAGGCCAUCUUCCACUGCGGCCAGGUCCUCCGGCUCGUGCGGUCGAUGCCGCGCGACGUGCGUCCGCCAUGGUGGGCCGGCGCUCUGUACCGCGUCGCACUCAUACUGUGGACCGACGCUCUCACGCACAAUGAGAGCAUUAGCCCACCCGCGGGUAUGUUCCCCGUACCGGGGCCCAGCUUCGCGGUCGACAGUCUGCCGGCAGAGCAUCCGCUCAUCGGCCGCUACCUCACCAAGCGUGAGGGCGUCCCGACACUGACCAAGCGCGAUGGCACGCAGCUGUCCAUGGACAACGCUUAUGCCGUGCUGACGCACUGUAUCGAUGUAAUCGAUGAUGGCCACUCGACGCGCUUCUCGGACGGCAUUCGCGGUAAGCUCGAGCGACUCGCCAGGGGUUGAGUUGCCUCGUCUUCGUUGUUGUCGUUGUCGACGUUAUCAUUGGUGUUGGCGUUGUGGUGGUUGUUGGCGCAGCGGGGUAUAAGUAACGGCCGGGGAACUUCCGAAGCGACGUAAUCGCCCUUCAACGUAACGAUCCACCUCACUUUUCUUUCUCGAUCCACCUUCUCACCCUCCUCUCUCGCAGGCCUUUUCACGUAAUCGCUCUGCAACGAAUUUCGUUUUAGACCGCCAGACACCGUCCAUUGCACGUCGCUCGCAUCCGCUCGCAUCCGCUCGCA